AUGAAAGCACUUAUUUUAGUUGGAGGUUAUGGCACUCGACUUCGGCCUUUAACAUUAACUUAUCCCAAACCGAUAGUGGAAUUCUGCAACAAACCACUUUUACUACAUCAAAUUGAAGCCCUUGCCAAAGUUGGAGUAUCAGAAGUGAUCUUAGCUGUUAGCAAAUGUGCUGAUCGAAGUGAUAUCUUAGAAAAGGAGUUAAAAAAGUAUGAGAAGAAAGGAGCUAUGACAAUGAUAUUUCUGUUAGAUCCAUUUUAUUACGUACUAUACGAAUAA